AUGGCAACAGUUAAAAUGGUUCUUUCCCUCGCACCUAAGAUGCAAUGGUUUUUACACCAAUUGGAUAUUUCUAAUGCAUUCUUAAAUGGUGACCUCGAUGAGGAGAUAUAUAUGAAGUUGCCACCAGGUUAUGCAGAGAUUCUUGGAAUUACAGUUUCACCAAAUGUUGUGUGCAAGCUUCACAAAUCCAUUUAUGGACUCAAGCAGCUUGUCACUCUCUUUGCGAAAGGUACUUCGACUGCCUUUGUAGUAGUGGUGGUCUAUGUAGACGAUAUUAUGAUCGCAAGUACUAAUCCUAAAGCUGCUUGCCUCUUGAGAGAUCAAUUGAGUUCUGUGUUUCAGUUGAGGGAUCUUGGCACCCCUAAGUUCUUUCUUGGCAUUGAAAUUGCUAGAAAUGACGAUGGAAUAUCUCUGACUCAGAGGAAGUAUGUUGUCGAUUUGUUGGAAGGAGCAGGUUUCUCAGACUGUAAACCAUCUCCUAUACCGAUGAAACCAGAUGUGCAGAUGACGGCAACAGGAUGGGGUAGACGUCCUAAUAGUAAGAAGCCUCUUAAGCAACUCUCGGAGGUUGACACGGCUCUCCUUCCCGAUACCAAACAGUAUAGACGGUUAAUUGGGAAGUUACAAUAUCUGACAAUUACACGUCCAGAUAUUUCUUUUGUCGUAGGGAAGUUGUCUCAAUACUCAUCAGCACCACGGAAAUUUCAUCUGCAGGCUGUUCAUAAAAUCUUGCGUUAUUUGAAAGGUACCAUUGGUCAAGGUCUGUUUUACGGCAAAGAUGCAGACUUUUCCGUUCGUGGUUUUACUGAUGCUGAUUGGGGAGCUUGUCUUGAUAGUCGACGGUCAGUAAGUGGUUUUGCAAUCUUCAUUGGUCAGUCUUUUGUUUCAUGGCGAUCCAAGAAGCAACAGAUGGUGUCCAUGAGUUCUGCAGAUUCGGAAUACAGAGCCAUGAGUAUAGCUACGAAAGAGCUCAUUUGGUAUCCUUAUGUUCUGAAGGCAUUAAGAGUUCCUUUCACUCUUCCUGUCUAUCUGUAUUGUGACAACACCGCAACUAUCUACAUAGCUAGUAACUAUGUCUAUCAUGAAAGGAUGAAGCAUAUCGAGUUCGCCUGUCACAAGGUUCGUGAAGCUAUAGAUAAUGGCAUUGUGAAGACAAUGUUUGUUAGAACUGAUAAUGAAUUAGCUGAUAUUCUCACGAAGGCGCUUCAUCCAGCUCCUUUCCAAGCUAAUCUACGCAAUAGGGCUGGGCAAAAUAACCGAUAA